GACGAAACAGCACCAUCUCCUUUGCAUGGCAGAAUGCGGCUCUUUCGCCGAAAUAAGGAACCCGAAGCGGCGGUCGCACAGGACACACUAGAGACAUCGCUUGUAAUUCGGUCGCCGACCAACAAGACCUUCCCUUCGGGCAUCAAGCUACUCCACAGCCCUACAAGCGUCCCAGAUACUGUCGUAGACAUCGUCUUCGUCCACGGUCUGACCGGCGACCGCGAGAAGACCUGGACUGCAUGCUACGCGUCCGAGCCGUGGCCCAAGACCCUCCUCCCGUCCGAGCUCCCGACCGCGCGCGUCCUAACGUUCGGAUAUGAUGCAUGCGUGGUGGACUGGCGCGGCUUGUGUCGCAGAGUCGCAUUACUAACCAUGCGUGGAAUCUGCUAACGUCUCUCGCGGUAUACCGGGAGAGGCACGAUACGAAUGAGCGGCAUUUAUAUGUUUCUGCCAUAGCUUAGACGGUUUGGUCUGCGAUUAUGCUCUCUUCACUUCGAGACAGCGAUCGGAACGUCACCGCAGAGCAUCAUUCAUUCAACACGCCGCAUCGCCUUUUUCGGGACGCCACACCAUGGAGCCGGUUUAGCACGAUGGGCGACGCUGCUCUCUAUAUCUGUUGGGCCGCCAACAGUUACAUGCUCGAGUAAGCUUAGAUCAACCUUGUGGUAUUGAAUAGAUUGAGGUAUGAA